AUGAUGUUCUCUGUUGAGUCCAUGGAGCCGACCGAGUCGGUCGCCCAUGUCCACACCUUCGCCGACCUGGCAACCCUCCCAGACGAGGAGCGUCUUGCUCUGGGCUCUCUCAAGCAUGUCGUCCAGCUCAAGAGCUCGGCUCCGGACACCUUCGAGUACAUUAUGCCAGCCAACGUUUUCAAAGCCUUCUCGCCCGAGGCAUUCAAGCAGGCUUUCCAGAUCCCCGGUGAGACGGAGGGGGGUCGUCGCUCCGUGCUCAUCCUGCCGCACAGCGGAAUUGAUCCUGACGCUCUCCAGUACAUCUGCGAUUGGAUGGUCACGGCCUGCAACCAGGCGAUCCCCUCCCGUCUGCAGGUCCAGGGCAACUUCUUCGCCUGGAUUGAGCUGCUGAAGGCCUCGAUGCUCCUUCAGGUCCAGGCGGCCCAGGUCACCAUCUGGUGGAAGCUGGCCAACUUCAUCACCAAGGAGCCGCUCGAGUGGCAGCACAUGGAGACCAUCAUGACCAACUUUUCCGUGGACAGCAAGAUCGUCAAGCACCUCAUCCACAACGUGAGCUACCGCCGCAACGCAGGCGACAUCACCGCCAGCUGCGAGUUCUUCAUCAACCACGACGAGUUCGUCAAGAACCUGGUCAACGAAGUUGCCCAGCAGCAGCAGCAGAGCGCCAUGGCAUCGGCCAACGCCCACGACUUCGCCCACUGGAACCAGGGCAAUGCCGCCUUCCGUCGCCAGCGCUUCGAGGAAGAGCAGCACCAGCACCAGAACGGGAACCAGCAGCGUGAGCAGCCGUUCCUCCAACGCCAUGCGUACCAGCACAUCGACGAUAACAACAACAACAUCAACAACCGCCGUCACUUUGGCAAGGGCAGGGGCAACGGCCACCACCGUAAGAAUGUCAACGGUGCUGGUGGCCCCCAGAGGCGCGAGCACGACAUGGAAGGCUGGGCCCGUCGCACGGCCGCUGCCGCUGCCUGGGACGACUCUCCGGCUGCUCACCAGGGUGGCGCCUACGACGCCCGCGCUCUGAAGCCGGGUGAGGCCACCGCUGGCGGUCUCAUCGCCUGA